AAACAGGAUGUGACGGAAUCUUCCGGCGACGUCAGCUUGCUUUCAACAGUGGGUGACGUCAAUAAAAGGAUACUCAUCAUGUUUCAUGGAAUACCUGCCUCUGGAGUGAUGGGAGGAGCGCCUGCCAACAAACCAGAACUGUAUGAGGAAGUGAAAUUGUACAAAAAUGCCAGAGAAAGGGAAAAGUACGACAACAUGGCAGAGUUAUUUGCUGUGGUGAAGACACUUCAGGCCCUGGAGAAAGCCUACAUUAAGGACUGCGUGACUCCCAAUGAAUACACAGGUGCUUGCUCAAGAUUGCUGGUCCAGUAUAAAGCUGCUUUCAAACAGGUCCAGGGAUCAGAUGUGGGCUCCAUCGAUGACUUUUGCCGGAAAUAUAGGCUCGACUGUCCACUGGCCAUGGAGAGGAUCAAAGAGGAUCGACCAAUCACCAUCAAGGAUGACAAGGGCAACUUGAAUCGCUGCAUUGCAGACAUAGUAUCUCUCUUUAUCACAGUGAUGGACAAGCUUCGACUCGAAAUUCGUGCCAUGGAUGAGAUCCAGCCUGACCUGAGAGAGCUGAUGGAGACCAUGAACAGGAUGAGCAACAUGCCCCCAGAUUCAGAGGCCAAAGACAAAGUCAGCCUCUGGUUAACCACACUAAGCAGCAUGUCUGCAUCCGAUGAGCUUGAUGACUCCCAGGUUCGCCAGAUGCUAUUUGACCUGGAGUCUGCCUACAAUGCCUUUAAUCGUUUCUUACACUCUUCUUAAACACUCAUUCCUUCUCUGAUCUCUUCUAGUUCCUUGUCACCAGCUUCCUCUCUUUUAUCAAACAUCUGUGUUUCUUUUUCCCUUUCAUGCCCAUAGGUUCUUGAGAUUUCCAUUUAGAAACUCAAGUCAGUGUACCGUUUACUCUGGCUGUUCUUGUCAUGUCAGCUUUGUAUAAUUCUCUGAUUUGUUCUCUUUGAAAAGUAGUCUAUUUCUUAAUAGUCUUUGAAAGAGUUCUCUAGCUCCUGAUCAUAAGGUUGGCUAUAGCGAAUGUAUUUAGCCACCAAAGAUGCAGAGAGAACAUAGUGGAAAAACAUCUCAAAGAUUUUGGAUAUAUUCUAGGGAAGAGAUGCUGGCCUUUAUUUAUAAAUAUAAUAAAUGAACAUAUGAGAUAUUGUUUACACAUCUCUUAAAGGAAUAUUCCAGAUUCAAUACAAGUUUAGCUCAAUUGACAGCAUUUUUGGCAUAACAUUGAUUACCACAAAAAUGUAUUUUGAAUUGCACUUCCUUUUCUUUAAAAAAAAAAAAAAAGCACAAAUCUAGGAUAGUGAGGCACUUACAAUGGAAGUGAAUGGGGCCAAUUUUUGAAAGUUAAAAUACUCUGUUUUUCAAAAUUAUAGCCACAAGACAUAAACAAUAUGUGUGUAAACAUGAUUUUAGUGUGAUAAAAUCACUUACUAAACUUUUCUGUAUAAAGUUAUAGCCAAUUUUACAACUUUGUUGCCAUGACCAUGGAAUAUCAACAAACCCUAAAUUGACUGUAAAAAAAUAAAAAAAAGACAAUUUAAACUUUACAUUUCAAAUAAUACAUGAAUUUUUAAAGAAUAAUUAAUAUGUCCUUUUAUAAAAUUAUAAGCUUCACAUUCCUGCCUUAAAACCCUCAAAAUAUUGGCCCCAUUCACUUCCAUUGUUAGUGCCUCACUGUAAUCUCGAUUUUUGCUUUUUUUAAAGAAAAGCGGUAUGAGUUGAAAUACACUUUUGUGAUAAUCAACAUUAUGCCACAAAUGCUGUCGAUUGAGCUGAACUUGUAUUGAAUCCGGGAUAUUCCUUUAGUAUCAUAUCCAAGAACAAGAUUUGACACUGUUGUCAGCUCUGAAUGAUAUUUUAAACUGAUAAUAUCCCUUUCUCAGCAUUUUCCCAUGUUUCUUUUUGUUUAAGUAGAUUAUUUUCCAGUUUUCAAAUAAGACUAGUUUAUUACAUGUCAUUUACAGUACACCAGAAUUUAUUGGGUGGUAAACUUGCCUUUUAUAACAGAGAGCCUGUUUCAUAACUUGGUGUGACUUCUAUGGUUAAUGGUGUUGGUUUAUUUUAUUUCAUUAUGUAAUAAGUCAUAUUUAUUCAGUGACCAUUGUAAAUAAAAUAGUUUUGAAAUAAACUAUAUAACACUCAAAAUUAAAAAUGUACCCUGCUCUGAGUGUGCUCUUUCUGUUUAGUUUUGUGGUAGCCUAAUACUAUUUACAAUGAAUUAUUGGUGUAAAUACUUAUAAUAAAACUGCCAAAGGCAUCAUUUAUAUCAAAGACA